AUGAUCGCACCGAGCAGCAACGAGGUCGACGGCGUGCGCCGUGUCCUGAGCGUCGUCGCCGGCGUCAUCAUCUACGCGUCCUUGGGCUCGUCGUACUCGAUUUCGGCCUGGAACGGGCAGCUCAAGGAGACACUCAACAUGACACAACCCGACAUUGCGUUUGUUAGCUCGUGCUACAGCUUUGGCAUGUACAAUACGAUCUGGGCGGGCUUCUUCCACGACCGGUUCGGCACGCGCCUCUCGAUGCUCGUUGCGCUUACCUUGCUCACGCUCUGCUACGCGCUCGCGGCCUACCUCGCGGCGCGGCCGCAUUUGCCGACAUGGUACAUCGCACUCUGCUUUGGCGGCGUCGGGCAAGCCGGCGGCUUUGCCAUCGUCGCUGGCCUCGCGGCCAACGAAGGCAUUUACGGCAACCGCCAUCGCGGCGCGAUCGUCGGGCUCCUCCUCGCCGCGUACAGCGCGGGCGGCGCCAUCUUUGCCCUCGUCUACCACGGCGCGUACGACCACGACGUCGCUGGGUUUUUUGGUUUUAUGAGCAUCGAGCACGCCCUCAUGGGGCUUCUCGGGCUCGCGCUGCUCGUGCCGCCGGUGCGCCGCCGUGCCUCGCUCAAGGACGAAGCGAUACCGCUGCUUCUCCCCGAGACGGGUGGUCGUGACAUCACGCUGCUGGCGCUGCUGCGUGACGAGCGGUUUUGGCUGCUCUUUGUGCCCGUCAUGAUUGGCGUCGGGUCAGCGCUCUUUGUCCUCAACAACAUUGCGUUCGUCUUGCAGAGCUACGGCGCGUCGACGGACCUCGUGCCAGCGUACGUCUCGAUCUUUUCGAUUUGCAACAUGGCCGGGCGACUCGGCAUGGGCGUUCUCUCGGACAAGUUUGGCGCGUCCCACUCGCGCGCGUGGUUUCUAUCUCUGGGUGUGCUGGCCAUGGCGCUGACCCAAGUGCUCUUUCUGGUCCUGCCAACCCAAUAUGUGGUCGUCCCGAUCCUCUGCGCAGGGCUCGCGGAAGGCUGCAUUUACGCCAUGUUUCCUGUCGUGACGCGGGAGCUCUUUGGCCCGACCCACUUUGGCAAGAAUUUUGGCUUGAUCAGCCUCGCGAACGCAGUCGGUUUUCCUUUGCUACUGGGGCCACUUGCGUCCGUCUUGUACAAGUGGGCAGCGAACGGCGACGCGACGUGCCUUGGCGCCCGCUGCUUUGCCCCCAUGUUUGGCGUCAGCUUUGCGCUCUGUCUUCUCGCGCUCGCGGCGUCCGUUCGACUCCAGCGCCACAUGCACGUGCUGAGCCCGCGACCGUAGACGACCUACACACAACAAGCUAUGAAAAAUAGACAAUAGUGUUCACAAAACGCAGGAACAACAACUAACUUGUCGUCGCACAUAACUCAGUUCAACAACAACUUGUCGUCGC